AAGUGGCCCGAUUUACCGGGCCUCCGAGACACAGUUCCGCGGUCGCGUGGUGCACGCGCGCGAAUACCGGAGGGCGUCCAUGUUCGAGGACCGCCGCGUGCUGGUGCUAGGCAUGGGAAACUCCGGAGGGAGACAUCGCCGUCGAACUGAGCUACGUAUGUCCGCAGGUGUACAUGAGCACCCGACGGGGGACGUGGGUGGCUCCUCGUCUAGCACCCGGUGGUCUUCCCAUGGACGUGACCAUGUGCACCCGUGCUUUGAACACGGCUCGCUCGCUGCUGCCUUUCGACAUCGGCGCUCGCACCUUCGAGAGGGUCCUCAACAGCCACUUCGACCACAAGAUGUACGGCCUCAAACCGGCGCACCACGCCAUCAACCAGCAGCCUUUCGUCAACGACGUGCUGCCUUCCAGGAUACUCACCGGGACGGUCCAGAUUCGUGGCAACGUAUCCCGGUUGGGCCCAGACUACGCCGAGUUCCGUGACGGCUCGCGGGUCGUCAUCGACGACGUCAUCGUAGCGACGGGCUACUCCAAGCACUACCCGUUCCUGCCCCCCGAGGUGGCUCCGUACGUGCUCGAUGACCGCGUCGAGCUCUACAAGUUCAUCUUUCCCGUGGGGGACCCGAGCGUCGCCUUUGUGGGACUGGUGGAGCCCAUUGGCGGGUUCUGGCCGGUGGCCGAGAUGCAAGCACGCUACGUGGCCCGAGUGCUGUCCGGAAAGCUACAGCUACCAGACGUUGAGAGGCAGAGGAAAGAGGCAGCACGCAGAGCGUCUGCUUUAGCAAUCGACAGCGCCCGCUAUGCCGCGCAGGUUCAUUGGAUAGCGUACAUGGACGAGCUGGCCAGCAUACUCGGAGUGAAGCCCAACCUGAGCCGUUUGGCGAUCACAGACCCAGUGCUUUACAAGCGAUGCGUGUUCGGGCCCUGCUUACCUUACCAGUUCCGGCUCGAGGGACCGCAUUCGUGGGAAGGUGCUCGCGAGGCGGUUCUCGACUUCCCCAAGCGCGUAGCCUCCGUUCUGACUCCCCACACGGCGCCCGAAGAGACAAGCCUUCGCAGAGCCACCGCUGGAGCCAUCGACAUAGCAGCCACAUGCACAGUCAUGAUCCUUAUAGCUUACGUCCUUUCGCUGGCCAUAUGAAAGGACGUAACGUGACGCGUAUUUCCAUUAACUAAUGUGAGGAGAGGAGGCUGAUAUAACUGCGGCCAGAUAUUGCGUUGCAUAUGCGUUAGCAUCCAAUUGCUAGCCCGAGUGGUGGUGGACCUGUUGAACGUAAAACGCGGCGUGGAGAAGGACAAGAUAGACGUGGGGAUUGCGUGAUUUAUGGGAGCUUUCUCCAAUGCUCAACGGAGCUGUUGUUGUUUGUUUGCCAGUGCUGCUUUUCUCCCGUCGUUUUAGAGGGUCCAAUUGCUCCCCCUGCUGGAGUCGGACUACCAGGCGAGCCGCUGACAGCAGUCCCAUACAUUUUCUCACAUUAAAUCACAUCUAGAUUGCGAAGAAUUGUAACACACGAAAGCUUGACAAUUUCGGAUGUCGCGGCUGUCCCCUUUAACCACUGCAUGACCACCUGUUGGGGGGAAAAACUGCAGGUGAAAGAGCACGGUGGCUAACACGUUAAGGAGGGCACACUUUUUUGUGAAGCUACCAAGAAAGCAGCAAUACGGGAGCCAAGCCAAGACGGGUAAGACGACCGACCAAAACCAAGUGAACUUGGUGGAUUGAGGCUACUUUCUGCACCAUGAGCUCAUCAUUUCAGCUGAACAGGCGCUUUGUGUAACAUUUUCAGUUUCUAGUCGCCCAGAAGUUGGAAGCCAUGAAGCAACUCUUCGGAAAGUGCCACAUCGACCUUGGUUAGCGCUGUAUCACAUUUAUAGGUUGCAGUUCUUGAAAGAAGACAUGAAUUACAUGUUACGAUAAUAGGCUAGAUGACGAACAUCGUUGCGAUGGCAGCUGAUUUCCACGUUUCCGCUUCAGAACUGACAAUGACAUGAAGUGUGUGUGUCACUUAUACGGGUCCGCAAUUCUCGUAUGUAACUAUGCAGUGUUACAGUUUUUAUAUUAGUAAAUACUGUUGGCCAUUUAGUGCAGCUUUAUUGGGAUAUAACCCUUGUAAAAUAUAGCCUAUAUAGUAAAGGUGCACGUAAAAUAAAUUAUUGCCGGUGCUAUUAUAGACCGCAUGGACGGGUCGUUUGCACACUGAGGUGCACUUCUGACCCUAACGAACAACGGGACACAUAUGAAUGCCUCCUAAAAACGGUCUGGUGACGCUGUGUUUGGAUAAGCACCGAAAAGCGGGAUACCGUUCCGACAACGUUAUUACAGAACUGCUGACUGUUUGCCAGCUUUUGUUUUUACGCCAAUUCGCGAUGAUCACCUUUUGAUU